AUGGCGGUACCUGCCCAAACAGCGCUCUCAUCUGUGCCUAAGCCUAAGAUAAGUCAUUUGGGGUUGCCUCAAGGUCCGUCGGGUGAGAAGGUGGCAGUAGUCGCGGUGGACGACUGUGACAUCGCCAUGGCCGUGCGGUUCAGCAGUCAGAUCGGCAACUACUCCUGCGCUGCCCAGGGCACCCAGACGGGACAGAAGAAGUCUUUGGAUCUCACUGGGCCUCUUCUGCUUGGUGGGGUGCCCAACCUUCCAGAAGAUUUCCCCAUAUGGAACCGGGACUUUGUGGGUUGCAUGAGGAACCUGAUGAUUGACAGUAAAUCCAUAGACAUGGCCAGUUACAUCGCCAACAAUGGCACCACUGAAGGUUGUCCAGCAAAGAAGAACUUCUGCUAUGAGGGUUUGUGUCAGCAUGGGGCUCAGUGUGAAAAUAAGUGGAACACCUAUUUUUGUGACUGUCCUGAAGGUCGGGGCGGCAAGAACUGUGAUCAGGUCAUGCCUUCACCACAGCACUUUGAUGGUCAUGCCAUGGUGUCGUGGAAUGAUCCUGAUAUCACCAUCGCUGUGCCCUGGUACAUCAGCCUAAUGUUUCGCACCAGACAGAGCAGUGGAACCGCAACCCUAAUGCAAGUCAACGCUGGCGACACAUCUCAAGUUACCCUUCUGUUAAGGGACAAGUAUGUGCGGUUUGAAGUACUUCUGGGAGAGCAGAAAGUGGCCACGCUGGAUUUCCCAGAGGUCCGAGUGAAUGAUGGGGAAUGGCACCACCUCCUCGUGGAGCUGAGGAGCAGCAAAGAUGGGAAGGACACAAAGUACAUGGCACAUGUGUUCCUGGACUACAACAUGGUCAUGAAGUCAGCAGAGAUUGGAAAUGAGCUGCCUGGACUCAAGCUGAGGAGCCUGUUCAUUGGUGGACUUCAGGGACAGAGUAACAGCAUCCAGCAGGGUUUUAAGGGAUGCAUGCAGGUGAGGCCUAGAGAAAGCAUUUGA